GGAUGGACCCAGCCGCAGCCCGCAGACGUCUAGGUGUGAUGGGAGCUGUUCCCUGGCUCCCUCUAGUCCUCCUCUGCGGCUGCAGCCACUUCCAGAGCUCAGAUGCGGCUUCCAGCCUGCGCCCAGAGAUCAUCAGCCCCCUGAAGCCCGUGAAAAGUCCCACCCUAGGGAAACGCUUCAGUGUCACCUGCCAGGCUCAGAGCUCCUUCCCGAGGAUGACGCUCAUCUACUGGCUGGCAAACGGCUCCUUCGUGGAGGACCGGUACCCGGACGGGGCAGUGAGCAAAGGGGACGUCGUAAGGGAGCUCCGGGGCACCAAGGUCCUCCUGACCCGGGAGCUGCACUUCCGCUCCUUCUCCUGGAGGGACUGGAGCACCUCGUUCCUGUGCAUGGUGAGGAACCCGGCCGGGCUCGAAAAGGUGCUUGUCCACUGGGACCCUGAACGGCCAGCACAGAUCUCCGAGCCGCAGCAGGAGACAAGGCAGGAUGUCCAGACCCCAGAGAGCACCCCCACCAUGGACCGCACCGAGAGCACGGACUGAGCGUGGGGACAACAGCGCCGGCUUGCGAGAGGCACCGAUACUGGGCCUACGGCUGCCAAGGCCAUGCCAGCCUCCCUCCAUGGCCAACACAGCUGAGCUGCCCUCCCCUGCCCCCUCUGUUCUUCCUGUGUCUGCUUGCCGCCCGGCCGGGCCAUGGCUCGGCUGCCCCGGAGGCCUAGGGCUGGAUAUAGCCCCAGCCCUCUGCUUGUCUGUUACAUUCCCCACCCCAGACACAUUACACUGGUGGGGGAGGCUCCCGGAGGACUUGCCCUCUGGACACGGGCCCAAGGCGGCGGUAACGGGGCUGGGAAAGGCCCACGUUUGCCCCCCACCCCAUCCCUCUUCCACCGCUCUGGCAGGGUCACUCUCUCCCCUAGUGAAGUGGGGUGACCAAAGCCGCCCCCUGCUGCCAGCCCAGCCUACAACUGAAGGGGGCAGGGUCCCUUCGACAGCUGCCAGCAAUGCCCUGCCCAUUACACGUCCAGGAGGGCAGCACCUGCUUUGGGCAGGGGCUGGGAGCCCAGCAACCACGGGCCUCUUGCUGCCAGCUCUCCUCCCACUUCACACUGUUUCUAUUAAAUAAAAAUACAACGCUC